AUGACCUCGCUACGCAAGUCAGCAGGCUCGGGACAACGGCGUCUGGGGGGUUACAGGCAGCUUUUUCAUUGCGAUCAAGCUUUUUUGCUCUUCACGCCCUAUCAAGCUGGUCAUCCGGCCACGGCCGAUGAUCUGCCUGCACUAGGACAAUUAAUUGAGCCACCCCGGCGUGCGACGCCAACUUUACCGCCAGGGCUAUUCCCGAACCUCGAGUCUCAAUUUAUAGAAUUACCACGACGGGGACACCCGUCUGCGAACGAGCGCGAGACUGUUCAAGGCGACUUUAUAUCUAGACCAUCCUCUGGAGCACCCAGGGACAAAGCUGUGGCUGAUGCUAAGAGUAAAAUACAGCACAUUCGACCAGCGACGCCUGUCAGGCCAGCCGCAAAGGACCCAACGCCUGCUGAGAGCGUGGGAUCAAAGAAAGAGAAAUCAGGAGUUGCUACAAAAUCAGAAACCCCCAAAAAGAAUACGACACAGUCGCCGAACAAAACAGAAGUGUUGGCUUCUGAUGCGAAAGGGAAGUCAACCCCUUCAAAGACCGCGGGCUCGGCGAAGGCUGAUGAGACAGCGCCAAUCUCAGCACAUGAACGCAAGGCAAUUGCUGAGCAGAAGAUGGAAGCUAUCACAUCAAAACGACCACAUCCAGGCAAGCUAAAUAUAGAGACAUCUACAGUCAGCGCAAAGGAGAAAGAUGUGGACUCGCCUAUGCCAUCUGCAAGCUCGAAACCAGACAUUGUUGGUAGACUAUCACGAGCACCAUCCGUCAGCGCGACGUCUCUAGGCUCACGGCCUGGCACUCCUCAGCUUGGAAGCACAGUCGCGACUGGGUCGCCUCUGAAGAGAACGGUUCAGCCGAGAACCAUUCGCAUCACAGACACGCCGAAAGUUGAGACAACACCAGUACUCGCCCCUGCUACCACCACUACCACCGCCACGGCCGCUGUGUCAACUCCGCCUUCAGUUGCUGCAGCACAAACAGUUCCAAGCAAAGUGGUGUCGAGAAGGACGAGCAUUGCAUCACUAAAUGCCCCUGGAACACCAUUCACAGAACGUACCGACACAAUGUCUGUGACUUCAACGUCAGCUUCGAGGGCGAACUCUCCACCACCCGUACUUACUAAGGCAAAGAGCAAGAAGAAGGAGAAGGCGAAAAAGGAGAAGGCUUUACAAGUGGAGGCUCUUAUCGCGUCCAAGGAAGGUCCAGCUGAAGAGGUAGCGCCAAUUAUGGCCCGGAAAACAAAAAGCAAAAAGAGCAAGGCCGCUCGAGAAGGUCCGACACCAGUGACCAAACCGACGCCGCCACCAGCCAUCGCCGAGGAAAAGACUGAAUCUACUCCCGUUGCUAAAUCUUCACCGCAAGCUACAACAUCUGUCGAAGCAACAAAGACAGAGACUGAUGAGAAAGGAAAGGCAGAGAAUCAUGAAAAUAGUACGAAACAUAAGUCCCCACCAUCUAGUCAGGAUUCAAAUGCACAUGACCAGAAGACAACAGAGUCCUCUAGUCCACUCACUGCAGCUGCUAUUCUGCAGGCGCUCGAAUCAACACGUCAGCUUGCACUAAGCACGCUUAAUAUGCUUAAACCACUUUCAUCGCAGUCGGAGCUCAAAAGGCUAGGAAUUGACCCGUUCACUUCUGCAGAUCUACAGAAUCACAUUGAACAAUUGCGUUUCGAAUUGACAAAAGCAGAUGAACAAUUGCUCAAACAGGGACAAGCCGUUCGCAAGGAUCUCAGUGAGCACAUUUCCAAAAAUGGACGUCUGAGUGGAAGGUGUCUGGUUACUCCUGCAGGGACUAGACUGAGCUGCCUGACAAAAGAAGAGGAGGACAGAUACCUAGAGCUUGAAAAGCGAGUUAUAGCGGAGAAAGGCAUAAGCCGGUGGGGUGGUGCAGGUGUGUCCCACAUAACAAAACAGUCGCUGAAGCCCAAGAAAAGCAAGCUUCAGAGCACUCUUGCGCAAGAAGAUAUUCUCCGAGCCUUGUCAAUCGCCACAGAGUCCCUUGAAGGGGCGCUGAGAGACGCGACGAAAGGAUCAAAUCCGAUGGCGAGAGCCGAAUCUCUCUCAGGGCCCUCGCCUGUGCAUCUUGCUGGGCAGACUGCCGCUUCAGCUGCACGAGCGGAUGUGCACCCACAAGACCCCAGCUUGGACGCAAGGGAAUAUGUGAACAAAUUUGUCCCUCGAGUCCUAGACUUGAACCCGAGCACUGUCGCUGUUCCUCCGGGUGAAGACGACGUGGAAGAUCAAUACGUUCCAAGCACAGCUGGCUGGAGCAAUGGCCGCUUCCCGGUCCAUCACUCUGAUCAGGCUUUGGAAGUGACCCCUCAGCAUCUCGCGGAUGCCACUGCAGCAGCUGGAUUGGCAUCGAGGUCUGACUAUAACCUACGUUCUCCGAGUCCUCAUGUCUCGGUUCCAUCUUCAGCAUCCGUGACAGAAGCGAACACUGCCGCUGCCAUGGAUACCCUGAAGGAAGCUAUGGCAACCGCCGGUCUAAUCGCGAAGCUUGGUGCAAAUGAAGAGUUGAAGUCAUCGGAAGCUCAAAAGAGUAAAGAAAAGGCUACAGGUGCUGCAGCUGGUAAUCACAAAAAUCUGCAUACUACGCUUGAGAAGGCAGGACGAAGGGAGGGUGGUGGUACCAAAGCAGCAGGUGCUGCUAUGAGCAUGGCGGACUUGGAGAGGGAGAGCUUGAGAGAGAGGAUUGCGGAGGCAAAAAGGGAUGCUGCGGACUGGGAGAAACGAUUCAAUAAGUUGGUGAGAGCAAACAGAAAGUUGGUUCUAGGGAAUCAUUGA